AUGCGGCGACUCGCUGGCUUUUUGAUCUGCCUGCAGCAUGUUGGAGCUGUCCUCGACGCCGCAUGGUGGUCAGUACCUUGGAUUUAAUAAUAAUAAUAAUAGUUUAUUCACUGAUUUCUUUCAGAGGAUGGUUCAGUUAGACCUAAUGAGUCAGUUGUAUGUUCAAUUUGCUUUUUACUUUUUGCGGUCGCAUUUGGAAUGGUUCAAAGCGUCUCGGUCGCAUUGCGGCUUGAUGUUCAGUAUCUUUAGUUUGACCAUAUGAGUCCGUUGUAUGUUCAAUUUACUUUAUAUCUCUUGCGGUCGCACUUGGAAUGGCUCAAAGCGUCGCGGUCGCCUUUAGAUUAAAAGUUCAGUAGCUUUAGUGCGACCUAAUGAGUCAUUUUUAUGUUCAAAUUACUUUUAUUUGAUGCACCGUGGUCGCACUUGGAAUGGCUCAAAGCGUCGCGGUCGCGUUGCGGCUUGAAGUUCAGUAGCUUUAGGUUGACCUAAUGAGUCAGUUGUAUGUUCAAUUUGCUUUUUAUUUUUUGCGGUCUCUCUUGGAAUGGUUUAAAGCGUCUCGGUCGCAUUGCGGCUUGAAGUUCAUUAGCUUCCAACGCCAACUCGCGAAAGUUGUUUUUAGUCAGGUGCAACCGCUCAGCGACCGUUGAGCUUCGAGUAGUUUGACCAGAAAGUCAAAAAUUUGCGUAAAUUUUCCGGAAAUUUUUCAAAACAAUUGAUAAAUUGAACUAAAAAAAUUUGAUUUUUUUUGAUUUUUUUGCUCACCUUCGAAGCUAACUAUUGUCGCCUUUUUUUGGCUGUUUUUUUCACUGUAAUUAUUCUCCAACGGAAUUUUUCUCAUGGUGGUCAUUUCUCCGUCGCAAUUUGAUAUGGCGAUUCCCUUCGCGUGAGAAACUGACCGCUGCAAAAGUGAGAAGGGCAAAUAAACAUGAGAAUUUGGAGAGAUAUGCUGUUAUUGUUUCCUUUUUGGGGCUUUUAUAAAUUUUCUGAUUUAAUUGGGCUCUAGGGUUGGCCCAAAAGCUUCAUAAAAAAUGCGUCAGCAAAAAAAUGAUAGCAGAAAUUAUAAUCGAUGACAAUUGAUCUACUUUAGGAACGCCAAAGUGGUCCCUAUAGGGGCGACCUUAGGAGCUCUCAAAGGUGCCCCUAGAGGGACCACUUAAUCUUCCCUAUACAGAAAACAUUAAAGCUUGCAAAAGUGACCGUUAUAGGCGUUUCAUUAAGGGGCCACUUGAGGGGAUCGCCUCUUAGAUGUUUUUCCUCUGACCCCCUUAGAGACCACUUUACCUCCCCCUGCAAUAAAAGUUGCAAAGGGGACCACUAUAGGGGUUUCAAAAAGGAGUCAUUCUAGAGGAUCACCACCUAACGUUCACCCCUAUAGGGAGCACUUUUUGUACUUUGUUUUUUCCUUAUCUCUUUAGGGAUCCCUCUGUCGUCUCUAAGUAACCAGAAUUUAUUCUAUUUCUAACUGAAAUGAGCCAAAUAAAAAAGGAAUUUCAAAAUUAUUCUGUCCAAAAAAACCAAAUUUUUGUAGGUCUUCAAUGGCGCAGCUUUCCACAUCAUUGGCGGGUCACGAAGCGAGACCGAUGUGCCUCCAAUUGAAGGGACUGUCCUCGGGACAGGCCCAAGUCUGCGAACUCUUCAAGGACCACAUGCCAGCCGUCAGCAACGGCGCUCAGAACGCCAUUCAGGUACCCUUUUUCUGGAUUUGAUCAUCAAAAAAAGGAAUUUUUUGGCGAGAGUAAACUUUGACCUGAUUAGAAAGAAUGCGUAUUAGACUCCUCCCCACAAAAAUCCAGAACUGGUCUUUAUUUUGAUCUUGUAAACUAUCCUCAAAAGAAGUUUAAAGGUCAGGUCUACAGAAAUCGUUGGAAAUUUGCUGAGGUUCUGGGAAAAUAUUAAGGGGCCACUAUAGAGGCUCGCCAAGGACUACUUGGAGAGGACACUAAAGUGUCCACUAAACGCACCUCUAUAGUGACCACUUCAGUAGUGUAUCAUCCAGUAUUCCUUCUAGUAACACUGAUAAUUUUAAUACAAACAGAUUGGACCAGUUAUGUUGAUCCAUUGUCCCCUAAAGUGGCCACUAAAAUUUUUAGUGGUCUAGUAGUAGCACUUAGACAUCUAUAGUGGCCACUAAUUUUUAACCCCUCAAGUGGCCACUCAUUUUACUACUUUUAUGGCCACUAAAACGUCAAAACCCUAAAGUGGCCACUAAAAAUGUUCCCAGUUCACUCGAAAGUACCUUGAUCUCAAUACAAAAUAAUUUCUUUGGUUUUUUUUUUCUUAUGACUUUCAAAGACACGAAAAUCUUCCCUUGAGUUGUAGCUUACGAAAUGAAACUUGGCAUAAAGGCUAAAAAAAAGUUUGACAGUUUUGAAUCUGGGCGUUUCAAGACGAAUUCUCGGCAUUCUCAAAAAAAGAAUUUUUUUUUUCUCAUAUCAUUCCAUUUAAUGUCGUUGAUAGAUAGUUUACCCUGGUUUUCCCAUUCCAGGAAUGCCAACGGCAGUUUUCCUCGCAUCGAUGGAACUGCUCGACGCCGUAUGGCAGUGGCUACGUCGGUCCUGUACAUAAAUUAGGUAAUUUUUCAUAGAAAAAUCUUGAGUUCCGAAAGUUUUAAAUUCAUUUUUUUCAGGAACCAAAGAAGCCGCAUUCACUUAUGCAAUUUUGUCGGCCGGGGUCGCACAUGAAGUCGGACGGCGAUGUAAGCAAGGUGGGGAUUUUUAAAAACUUUACUCGUUCAGAAUAAUAGUUUUGUAAGCUACAGAACUGAAAAAAAAACACUCAAUUUCAGUUUUUUAUCAUCAUAGCUUGAGUUGAACUUGCUUUAAAUCCGUUGAAUUUUCGAUUUCUUGUGAGCUUCAAGGAACAGACUUUUUGUCAUCACAACUUUUGAACUUGAUUUAUUCUGGGUUGGAUUUCGAUUUCUUGCAAGCUUUAUAGUGGUUUAAGCUUGAAGGAACAGAUUUUCUUGUCAUAAAUUUUGAAUUUGAUUUAUUUAGAUUAAAACUUAAUUUUUGUUCUUUAAGAUGAUCUGAGCUCUGAGAGUCACAUUUUUAAUUUCUAGCGGUACCUUAUUUUCAUAUGACUUCUUCGUUAAAUUGCUCGCUUUUUAUCUUGUUCUUCUUUGUUUUAUAUUUGGAUAUUUAUCAGAAGUUUAGACCUACUGAAGAUGUUGUUCAUCAGCUUUUUCCAUUCCUCGCUACGUGAUAAAUUAUUUCAUGACUUUCAGGACUGCUCCAAUCUUGCGGAUGUGCUGACGAAUCCAAGCCCAAAACAGUUCCCGAAGAUUGGGGCUGGGGCGGCUGCGGCGACAAUAUCGAAUACGGAUACAAGUUUUCAAAGUAUUAUAAACUUUAUAUAUUCUUUAUUAAAUUGUCAAACUUCCAGAGAUUUCAUCGAUAUUCGGGAAAAGGAGCACGAUCCGCGGAGGGACAAUGACCAAGGCCGGUCGCUCAUGAAUCGGAGGAAUAACGAGGCCGGAAGGAGAAUUUUGAAACGGUAAGAAAUGCUGCUUGAAACGCUCAAAAUUUAAAAUCAAGUUCGAAUUUUCAUGUAACUUCCGCGAAAUGCAAAAUGUACUCUGACUCUCCAAAAUGUAGUUAUCUUUUUCUUUCUCUGACGGCUAUUUUGAAUUUCGCGGAAUCACUAUGAACACGGCAAUACUAUAAACGCUAUUUUUCGGAGAAAAAAGUUAUUUUCGAUUUUAAUGAGUAUGCGAGUUAGCGUCGUUCUGUGUAUGCACCAAGGACGUCAAAUAUUACGGAAACUGUGGGAGAGGCGUCGUCAAAAGAACGCCGUGGGCGUUAUAUAUAUUGCAUUCACCAAUUUUCUGAAAAAAUCUGUUUUCUCUGCGCCCUCUUCACUCUAGAAGACUCUCGUUUUUACGUCCAAUUUUAAUGAAUUAAUGAUCUCUCGGUGAGGAAAAGAGACGCAGAGAGGUCAGAAUGUUCCAAAAGGUUCAAUACUGAGUUCAACUUGAAACGGCUGGCUACAGAACAUUGCCACGCGCAAGUAGUUUUCGGUCGUGAACAGCAGAAAAAGGCUGUUUGAAGAUAUAAUAACAAUUUUUAUCGUGCUUCAAUCCCUAGAAAAGGCAAUGAAACUUAGAUAGUUUUUUUCAGACACCGAAAGCCGAAAUGCAAGUGUCACGGGGUGUCGGGCGCUUGCAAUAUGAAGACCUGUUGGAUGCAAAUGCCCGGAAUGGAGCAGGUCGGACGGAUCCUUCGCAACAAGUACGAGAAGGCCGUCCGAGUUCAGGUCGGUAGCUUCAGAUCCUAGAUUUCCGGUUUCUGGUUAUCGUUUCUUGAUUUCUGGAAUUUUUAUCACAUUUAUCGAUUGAAAAGUUCCAUUGAUUAGAUACAGAAUAGCUGCUUUUCACGAUGACUUUCCAAAUUUGUAAAAGUCUCGCAUGUCUGCACUCUCUUUUCUCUCGCCAUUGAGAUUAUGGAAUUAAGAUAAAGCGUGAAAUGUGAACUUGACGGACGGGAUAAAGCGUGAAACUAUUUUUGGAAAAAUCCUCUUGCAGAUCAACUCCCGAGGAAAUCUGCAACUGGUCGCCGAGGAGGACCCGGUCACGAAAGACAAGCGGAGGACGGAAAGAGCUCUGCCCACGGAUUUGGUCUACAUGGACGAUUCGCCCGACUAUUGCCGUUAUGAUCGAUCCAUGGGCACCUUGGGCACCGAGGGCAGGAUUUGCAAGUGAGUUGGAGGGGAAAGAAAGCUGUAGAGAUGAAAUUGGAUUGAUUUCUUCGGCCGAGAUUUUUUUUUUUUAGGACACUCUAAAAACCCGAAAAAACGCUUUUUGGCCGUAUUUUGCACACUUUGAAGCUCCAUAACUCGGAAACAAAACCUAUCGCGAGAAAUUUUUUUUUUAGAACGUUUAAAAAAAAGUCUAAAGACUCAUUUUCCACCCUUAUUCGAACAUUUCGAGCAAUAAGCGAGGUCAAGCUCCUAUACCUGUGAGCUUGAAUUUGAGAUCUCGGACCGAUAUUCGAGUCCCAAUUUUGGAACCGUUUGGCUAGAACCUAAAAAAUAUGUGACACAAAAAAUCCACUUGAAAAUCUGUUUUUGGUUUCCUUGAUGUAAUCCAUUGGCCCCGCCUUACAACACUCUGAGAUUUUUGCGUCUCUUGUCUCUCACCGGGGAGCCCAUUUGAAUAUUGAAAUACUCAGGAACGCCAGAGUGGUCCCCUAUGGGGGUAGAAAAAAACUGGCUCCUUUAGGGGAUAAAAAAGUACCACCUGUAUGACUCAUACCACCAAAUUUCUACUCAUACAAUAUGUUGAAAUUUGGUGAUCCCUAGAGUGGUUUAGCGCCUGACCCUUCGCCCUUAAAGCUCAAGUGGCCCCUAUAGGGUCUUUUCUUUCAUUUUGUUCACCUGUGAAGAUUAAAACGACACACUUGUCCCUAGAGGGGAACCUUUAAGGGUCCCCAUGGGGGCCACUCUGGAGCUCCUGAUUACCAAGCGAAAAUUAGAACGUCACAGUAACUAGGCGAAUUGACACUAACGGACUAUGAAAAUUGUCGAAAAUUCGAAUCUAAUAAGGAAAAUAGUCGAUUCAUGGAUCUUUUCUCAGACGCGGCACCCAAGGAGCCGACGGAUGCGACUCUCUGUGCUGCGGCCGCGGCUACAACACCUACACCCUCGAGCAGAAGACUAAAUGCAACUGCAAGUUCGAAUGGUGCUGCAAGGUGGUCUGCCAGAUGUGCACCAACAUCACACAGGUCGACAUCUGCAAGUGA